CGAGACGUUUACGACGAGCGCGAUGGUGGCAUCCUCUCAAUUUGUCGCCAUCUUCAUCUUGCUGUUGUGUUCUAAUAUCGUUAUCUUCUGAUCAUCCCCUCCAGGGAAGGACGCGCCGUACGAGCAAGAGCGAGACGAGCUUGAGACUUAUCACGAGUACAACGAGAGAUGACUACUCCAAAACUUACCAUAAGGAAGGGCGCUACACGUGAAAAGAAAGACGAGAUGGAGGAGUCAAACGAGUACGACGAGAGCCCCUUUUGCAAUGAAGUCUUCCCACCAUCCCAGCUGGCUAUGCUGACGAUAUUUGUAUUCCUUUGCCAUUAGGAAAUUUUUCAUAACCCUAGGUUUACUCACUGCGAGCAGUAAUGUGCAUGAUCACAAUCAUCGCCAUUACCUUCAUCCUGUUAAACCAAGCAAAGCGAAAGAUUUUUAUUAGCAUGAUCAUCGUUAUUCCCAAAAACCAAAUAUUACAAUAGGUGGUAAGAGGGAAGGGAGUGCACUCGUUGUACUACUUACUACUUAAAAAUAAGAAUAACAAACUAGCAACUUGCUUCGACGACAACUCAAACAUUUCAAUCAACUGCUACAAUUGAAGAAAAGAGAAGAGCUUAAACUCUGAAGACGAACUUCUACCUCUGAUAGUUCAAAGAUCAAAAAACUACACGAAACGACUACGACGACGACCUCGGAUCGGCAACAUCAUCCUUGAAAAAAUAAAAACCAUUAUUUUUUUAUACUUAAUUACACAACGAACAGUGAACACAAUCUUCACAAAGACAAUCAAUUAGAGGAUCUGCGACACGCAAUAAAAAAACUACAACGACAGCUUGCACAAGAAGGACAAUAUCUACAACACGAUCACUACACAUCGCGGCACACGUGGUCUACCCAAAUCAUAAAAAAUGAGACAAUUGGAAAACACGUCUACCCCCUCCAUUGAGGUGAGCACCGACACUAAGCAGGAUGUCGCGACUUGGCAGACUCAGGCUGAUGGAGCAGACUCCUGUUAUGAUGCGAUUAUCUGUUUCUUUUUUGUCAAAAUAUACGCAUGAUUCCUUUUUAGAGGCUAGAGCAUGAUUGAGUAAGUUUCUUGUAGUGUUUUUCUUCAUUCUAGGACUCGCACAUGUAGAUGUAGAAUGUGGAUAAAGAACUGUGUGUACGCUUAGCAGAAAACAGAGAAACACUUUGCUUUUAUGGAAUAUUUUUGAGUUAGAGAUUAUGACUCUGAGAACCACCACAAGCUUUUGAGCAAGGUAAUAUAAGGUUCCCUUCUUGAGAUGAUUGCACUGAUUGCCCUAGCGGUUGGUUUACAUUUACAUAGUCUUAACUCGUAUUGCAGCCGCCAACUGGAAGUGCAACAUUAUGUUACACUUCAAAAAUAUUAAUAUCAUGAACUUGUUGUGGUCGAUGCAAAAAGAACUAGCCAGUAGUAGUGUCUUCUAAACCCCUGGAGUGGGUACAUUCAUUCAUUCAUUCAACGCGACUACUACUACUGUCGCGACAAAGGAAUUGCCUAGGAGUAGGAAGAAGCAAAUAGUAUUUUGAUACAGUCGCAGUCCUGUAUGUAUGCAGAUUCUUUGGUAAUUCGACUGCUCUAAUGAUGCGAAAAUGGAAACUGCGACAUUGCGGCGAAAUAUGGUACAACGAUUUACCUUUCGACUUUCAGGCUUGGCUCUUUAAGUUUAAAAUCAGAAAUAUUGUCUACAUAUACAUGAUCAUAUAAUUCAAUAACGUUGAUAGCCCGCUUGUACGUCGUGGUCUCAUAGAGUCAACCGUCCUGGACAGAGCCAGAGAAUAAAAGCAACCCAUCGAGAAACAAUGAAAAAGAAUUUCCAAGAGGAGAUUAUGAUAGAGCUUUUACAUAGCGUUUUGGUUUACCACAAUAAUCAUCGACCAAGCAAUUUGAGGUGACAUAGACAGUAAAAUCGAUUUACUAGUAGCUUGGUCAGGUGUGCUUUGUUUUGUUAUUCAUUUCGGCACGUCUAUUUGUGAAACCCAUGGCGAUACUGGGCAUGUACGUUUAUCAAAUAGGAGACAUGGAUCUAGUUCUAGAUGAUGCAGUGUACCAAAUGGAAGUGGACACAGCUCACGUGUGUCCCAAGUCGCCAUGUGAAGCAAGUAGAAAGAGCGACUCAUAGCAGUAGGUAUCGCCUGGUGAUCUGCAUCACGUAGAAGUAGGCAUAAGCAUCCGUGCACUCUCGAAGAGUUAAGUACUGGCUAGGUGUCUGUGUAUUGAAAGCAGGCGUGGGGUCCGUCUCAUCCGCUUAUGCCAACAUGCAUCUCAUGCUAUCGUUAGAGAAGCCCGCACUCACGCGGGUUCAUGACGUGGCAGAGGAGUAGUUAUGCGUGACACGGUCCAGCCGGGGGUGAGAAGCGCCGUCCACCGUCGUGCUCCAACGAUGGCAGGGCGCACGACCAUGGAGACAGUGAGGGGCGUGGCUGCUGGACGUUUGUUGGCCUCUCAUUCCGUUCUGUGUUCACUCCCGUAGGUUUCUCCAACGGGAUGGACGCUGCCCAACCUCAAAGGCUGAAAAAAGUAAGUGUGAGAGUGUUUGGUCGCGGGAUACUGAGGCCGCCCUUCGGCAUGGUUGCGUCUUUUGGGGUGUGUGUAUGGUUUAGGAUAUGAAGGGUGGUUAGGGUUAGGGCCCUCGCCCUCGUACGAUUGCAAGACGCUGGAUGCAUCGCAGCGCGAUAAGGAUGAGGAUGUUGCAAAAGAAAAGAUUAUAUACACACGGACAGAAACAAAAACUUUAAACUCGAGCUCGACGCCAAUCAAUGUAUCUCUUGAGAUGAUUAGAAGGAAGUUGUGGAGAGAUUAUUUUUUUAUUAUGGUACCUGUGCUUCUUGUGGAUGGUAUGGAGAAAAAUAAUGGGACAGGGGGUCUUACGCUUAUUCUUGUUAUCCGGUAACAGAAACGGUAGUUAUCGCGUGCAGAGAAAUGAAAAGUGUAGCUCAUACUUGGAUCUUACAUUUUAUUUUAGUUUCACUAUUAAUUGAAAAUCUUAGAUAGGAACAGGAGGAGGUUCCACGAUAUUUGAUGUUAUUCACUCAAUUCCAAAUACAACUUUUUUAUCCCCAACCCAUUUUCUAUCUUCCUUUGCGCAGCAGACAACGACUUUCCGGAUCUUGAUGCGUUUGGCGGCAAAGACGGAUCCUCGUCUUUCCUGGAAAAUGAUCCGCUUCGCGAGAUUAUGGCAGAUGCUGCAGGUAUUACAGAUCAAUGUCAUUUGUCGUUCUUGGUUCUUGAUGGCAUUUUCCUAACAGGCUAGUAAUAUGUACUUUUUUGAGCAGGUAUUAGGCGUAGCUAGUUACUUGGAGGUGUUGUAGUUGUUAGGAAACGUCCCAUUAUUAAGAUCAUUAGUGAUUUUCAGUUUUAUUCUCUUGUUUUCUAACCAAGGCUCCACUGAAGUUAAGAUUAGCGAGUCUCAACACUCAUGAGAGGUGCUACAACAGGUUGCUAGUACCUGGCGUUUGCAGUUUGUCGUAAUCAUACACCUUGUUGUAGUUCUCAAUGUUGUAGGGGGUAUAAGAUAAUUACGAAUUAGUCUUGCUCUGGAUCACUCUAGAGUUUAGAAGGAAGGGAGGCCCGCCUGAGAGGGAGGCAAAAAACGGCGGGGACAGAGAGUGCUUGAAGGCCGUCCCUGCGGUCUUGCGUUUCCAGUGUUUCGUUCCCGCGUCACUUGUAGCGACAUCGCGUGAUUGCUCGGCGGCUGUUAGGUAGUCUGAGAGGGUGGUCGCCAGGGGUCGGUCCACAGCGCGUUCCACCAUAACCAGCGGCGGCAGAUGGAUCGCCGGAAAAGUAGAGUAGCCGGCGGGCGUUCUAGUUCUGAUAGGCGUUGUCUGAGGGGCUUUGGCGUUGCCACGCCCGCUAGUGUAUCCCACAGCGCAUCAACGAUGCACCCCCAGCCACCCACGGCGCCGCAUGUUGGUCGCCUUGUCGCUUUUGAUAGGGUCCCGCGCCGGCCUGGCCAAUUGUGCCCGGUGUUUGUGUCUAUCUAAGCGGCAGCGCAUGCCUGCUUGAAGUUCCACGAGCCUGGCCUUCAUUAACUUAAGCUGCACGGGGCUUGCUCGCGAAAGUCGGGCACGCCACCCACACCCAUCAAACACUUGCAAAGCAAAAAGACGCGCGGCCGAAAUAGUGCCGACCCACCCUUGCAUGUCUAGUUCAGGCCCCCGAGGCCCCGUCGGAUGACAUAGUUCAGACUCCCGGAGAGCAUUUCAGUGUCCAGUUGGCGUAGUGUCUCUACCCCCAUGCCCCCAAUAGGCUCUGCCUUUUGCAACUUCAAAAAAUCUCUCGCAGACCCGUUUUUUGGGCAUUCGGGUUUUGGCCUUCUCCUUGGUCCGCGAGGCUUUUUCGGUAGCAAAUUUCCCUCUCGAAAAUCUGUCUGCCAUUUGCCCUCCCCUUCCUCUUUAUUGGGAGUGAGUCCGCAUAAUGGAAUGGUAGCCCCCUUCUGAAAUUGUUGAUUCUGUAUCGGUAAGGGUUAGGAGCAAGUAUCUAUGAAUUUGUAGAGGGGCCGCAUUUGCACUUAUCCGCUUGACGCAUUAGCGGUUCUUGGGCUUACAGAUCGACGUUUUCUACAAGAAGCUUCACAGGAGGGUGCUUCUCCUGAUGAAAGGGAGGUGAGGAUUUUUUUAAGGCGGUUCGCCGUUAUGUCGUUUUUCUAUUCUUUGUCCGUUCAGAGUUUGUCUUGCAGUCCGAAGAGCUCGAUGCAAAUCGUGCCAGGCCAGUCAUUUCUCGUACGGGUUUCGGUUUGUCUGUGUGUUUUGCUGCUGACUUGUGGCUCUGCUUUUGCGCGGGCGUGCGAGUGAUAUCGCGGGUCUCCGCAGCAAUUUUUCAAUUCCCAGUCAUGCCCAUUUUUCUUGUCUGCCGCUGUCGGUGGUCUUUUUCCCAAUGGACGUCCCGCUGAGCCAGCUUAAGCCCCUGCUCCCAGAGUACUUAGCUAAGCCAGCGACAAUCUGCUUGACUACAGAGGAAGCUACUGCAGGGAGCUUGGUCUUGCGCUAAAUUGGGACUUUCGGCUUAUUAGCACAGACUAACUAGUUGCUUUGGCAAGUAAGCAACUGCCUGCCUUCUGCAUAGAAGAAGCGCCAGCAUGAUAAUGCUUUUUCUCGAGUUACCCGGUUCGACUGAGAAAUGAUUCUUGUUGUUUCUGGGUUUUGGUUUUAGAUGGGCUUCUUGCGUUCCACUCUGCAGAUUCAUAGCGAGUAUGCUCACCUGGUAUAAUCACAUCACCGCUUUUAUAUUUGUGGAGUUCUUGAUAUGUUUCUCUAUUUCCACGAAUCAUAACGAGUGGUAUUUUAUGUGUUGAUGUUGAGUAUUUUCUCUUAACUCCUAGUUUGCAGCUCACUCCCCCUUCUCCUUCUACUCCUCCAAGUGCCUCAGGCUAAUACGUAAAGGCAUUGCAUGACGAUCGAAGAAGGCCCUUGCUAAGACGCCUCGAAAAUAGAAUGAAGGCCAGAAUUGAAAAAACUCAAAAUGUGUACACUAGGUACUUCCUCCUUGGCGGAGACGAUGGCAGGCGCCCCCGGGUCCAAGUUAUGAAGGCACUCCAAACACGGGAAUAUAAGUGAUUGACUAGUAGACCUAGAGCAAUCAUUCUAGACGCCUUCCGUGUGUUGAAUGUAGGUAAGUACUUGUUUAAUUUUUCUGGUCUGCUCUCCUGUAGGUUUUAGGGCUCUCCCGAAAUACAAAUAAUACAGAAGUGAUUCCAAGUUUGGCUCUCGUGGGGACAUUUGCGUCGCGUUUCCUCAAGAAGGAGCUGCAAACCUCGAGUGGGAUAAUUGCUACCACUAUUGUUGUGUGCAUUUAUUGACGAAAGCCAGCUUCUCAUCUCUAUCUAAGACUCAUGCACAAGGGAGAAGAGGGAGAAGGGCCUUUUCAAGGUGAGGGAUUUAGCGGCGCGGAUGGGAAUUCUGGUAAUAAGAAUGAAGGCCAAGGGGCUUACACUUUUUUGGCGGUCGGAGCUAAUGGUGGCCACCCCGCUAGCGUACAGAUUGCGCUCGGCACGGCGCAUGGACCCUUGAACUUACGAAUAAAUACGAAGGUCAAUAAAGAAAAUCAGCAUACAAGCCGCCCCACGCGAGAUUAGAAGGCUUCGCAACUCGCUCUUACAGAACUUUCGCGAUCGUUGCAGCUGUCCUCGACGACUUCAACAGAGGCUGAAUUGCCUUGCUUGCUGUUUGAUUUCGUUUAACUUUUCUCUCGUCACUCAGCUCUCAGAGUUGUUGACUGCGUCGAGGACGAAGAGUAAGAGUGAUGCUAGAUGUGCAUUGGUUUGAGGCUCACCGUAUGUAUAUACUAGAAUAUUUUAAUGAGCGAACGUAGGAUGGGCUUGGAUGGAUCGGAUGGGCCAUCCUAAGUCUUCCGUCCUUGCUGGAAAUGGUGGGAAGCCCAUCCGGCCCAUCCCGUCCUGGAUCUGACACCCCUGCGAAUUACUUUAAUUUAGGGCGAUGAGAAUUAUGAGCAAGGGAACGUGGACCCACGACCCGCGCUUCUGCUUCUUCUGAGAAGGCUAUUUGGCGGCCUCCGUUCUAGACGGAGGCCCUUCCGGGGUUGUUCGUUGGGUCUGCUUGUUUGGGGUUGACUAGGGUUACAGCCCGUGCAAGGGCUUGAGUCUGCUUUCGGUGUUUUAGCUCUUUUUUGACUGUUGUGGAGAAGUAGUUUCGAUGGUUGAAGGGGCUUCGCCUUGGGCUUGCAUAUAUUACCUUACGUCUGCCUGGUCUAGUUCCAAUUUUGUUGCUGCAUGGUGUGGUCGGUAACUGAGGCCGCGGGCUUUUGGCGCUUGCGUGAUCAUGGUCUGCAAAAGAAGAAACAUGCGUUCGCACACGUUAGGAUGACGGCGCCAACUUUUUCGAAGCCUCGCCUUGCGUCUUUCAUUUUCCUUUGGAGAUUCGAACAUCGGGGCAGCGUCUUUCGCUUUGUGUUUGGUAUGAUUUCAAUAGGCCAAGCUGCAGCACUGCUGCUGCCUUCCAUUUUUGCCGUGAAUGACCCAGCACGCAGCGGCUUUGCUUGGAGCAGUCCUGAGACUGUUCAUCCCGGCGAGGCUGGCGUUGAAAGACGUCCGCGCGCUACGUGCGCAGCGCUUUCCUCCCCGGUUUUCAACUGGGAGUGAGGGCGCGCCCUCUCUCCGAGUUGGAAUGCCACAGAGGUGCACUUUGCAUUUUUCGCCAAAAUGUCUCUUGCGAGAGCUUAGCUUGGUGGGCCCCUCCGGACCUGACUUCAGCUCCCCCCGCCUCCUUUUUGCGUCAUGAUUGAAUGGCUCCGUGCGUUUUCUCGUUCCAGCUGGAUGGCUGUGCCGCGCGCUGCAAGCUUGCUAGCUUGGGUGACUGAAUGCGGGGCCGCCGCCGCGGGGUUGUCUGGUAUUGUGGCGGUUGCAUUCUGUACGGGGGCGGUGGCUUAUCGCUUUCUUCGGGGUAGGUGCUAACGAAGUAGAAGCUUUGUGCCUACAGUGGCACUGGCCCCUUUGCUGAGUUCAGUUUGCUAGAACGCUCGGCCUGAAAUGCGCCCGAAUGGGACCGAAGCUUUUCAUUUUUCACAGGCCUUCGUUCGGGUCAUUAAGUCUCUUGCCUUUGCCUUUUUGUGCAAGCAGUGUGUUUCAUUGGCUGAAAAGGGUAUGGCUGAGUGGGUGGGGGUCUUGUCGGUGUCUGUUGUGGUCGAUGUUCAUUGAGGGCGCGCAACCCAAAUAUGCCAAGCAAGUUAGGCGUCAGCUCUGUCAAGCGAAGAAGAAUGUCCCAAGGGAGGGGCGCUACGCGUCUGGGGGAGUCAGCGUUGGCCACGUGCCCCCGAGUUUGGAGGGGCAGCCGCGAGUCUGUAUUUCUUUUCCGUCCCCAGGGAUCCCUAAGCCCCGAUUACGGUUAGCGGCGCCUCCCUUGCAGUCCGGGUGGCCGACUUGCCUAGCUUGGGGCACGUCCUUGGCCUGUCGCGUACUGUAAACUCGCGAGCGCAGCCUCGUUUCUAUCUUGCGGGGACUCAUGCCUUUUUUUGUCAAGAGGUGCAAUUCAUUGACCACACUAAGCCGGCCCAAGAUUGUGUCUACCCGAGGCCCUUCCGGUGUGCCUCACGUGAUGCCACUGAGCGAGGUAACAUCUACCGAACAUGCAUGAGCUGGGGAAAGAGAAUGGACACCGCGCCGCUCGUGUUGCGUCGGUCUUGUGUUUUGCGUGUUCUGUCUUGGUCGUGCUUCGUUCUUCUGUAGCUUACUUAUGUGGUCAGCUAAUUGGGGCGCUAGCUUCGGAUCUCCAUGGGGAUAAGGUUCCAGGGUCGCAGUGAGCGGAUCGCAUUGGACCACAAGAGGAGACGGCGUAUCUAAGUAUGUCAGAAUCCCGUUGGUCUCAACCUCAAGGUCGAAGCCAUGUGGUGGGGCGUUGUGGGCGUCUUCUGCUUUUUCUGCCGAGGCAGUGGCUGGCAGCAGUAUUUAUUUCUUUUUUUGUUGCAUACUGGCACGACUUGCAUUCCCUUGCGAAGAUUCCAUAUGAAGACAUCUGUUGCCGCACUCAGUAAACCUGCGAGUUGUUCAGCGUGGUUUUCUUGCAGUUCUUCUGCAACUUGGUUCGGCUUCUAAUAUUAAAGAAGGCAGCGGCCGCACCGGUGGAUCCGCUGGCGCUGAAUGCGAGCAAGGAGCAGCUAAAAGCUGCAGAAAAGCAAGCAGAACGAGAAAGCGAAGAUGCCAAACGAAAGGCCGUGGCGGUGACCCAGGAAGCCCAGCAUGAAGCAGCGCAGGAGAUAGAGGAUGGGGCACACGAAGCGUCUGACCAACUACAGAAAAGCUUGGAAGCAGCUACAAAAGCAGACACGCUCGGUGCCGUGGUGGAUGCUCAACUGAGCCAAGAAAGGGAGCAUGGAAGACAAGAAGCUAAGGUGACCGCGAUUGGGGCGGAGCUUCUUGCGGCAAAGGCAACCAGUGAGGAAGAAAAAGAGCGCCGAGACCAUGACGCCGAGGCAGCGGCCGCAAAAGAACGACAGGCGGAACAACAGCGCGUCGCCGAGUUGGCCGCUGAAGAAGAAAGGGAGGUGCUAGCAAAGACAGCGAAGGCUCAGGCAACAUUGGAAACGGAUUCUCAGCAAGUUAUGCAAAAGAUGGACCAUACCCUACAUUUCGCCGCCGAGCUGAGAGACGGGUCACCGUUGGCCGCCGAAUCUGGUGCUGCCUCUGCCACCCAAAAAGACAUGAAAACUGCAUCACCUCCUAGAGCACAAACUCCAACAGGACCAGCCGCAGGGCAGGGAAGCGGAUCAACAACUCAGCCGGGUCGUGCUAGGGAGCGUGGCACGGGGUCCACGUCGGGCGGACGUAGUCGCCGAGAUGGACAAGCAGGACGUGCACAAGGUGGUCAGGACAGCGUUAGUAGAGGCUCGAAAGCGCAGGACAGCGUUAGUAGAGGCUCGAAAAGCGCUUUCAUCGAGAAUGCUCCUCAGCCUACAGAAGUGCUGUCUUCUUCUGCCACAAACAAUUUUCUCGGGAAACGCCAUGGUGAAGAACAACCAGAUGAAGCUCCUCUUGUGAAAGAUCGAUCAGAUGGCGCUACAACUGGGUCUACCUCGACGAUCAAAAAAAGUGCAGACUCCGCUGAUCAUGAUCAUGAAAAUGUGAAGAUGAACAUGAACGAAGAACUGAAAUUACGGCUAUUUCUGCAAACGCUUGUUCUUCCUGCAUUAGUAGCAUGAUUCUUGGCAGCUCUUUUCAUCUACGUGCUUGGGAAAACGAAAUGAAAUAACCAAGGAUGAUGCAUAAAUUCGACUGUCAACUCUCUCCCGUGAACGGGUACACAACCCCUAUUACUACUACUCAAGGAUCGAUGCUCUCUCAAGGGUCAAAGAUCUACUUUUAAAAAUCGAGGCUCUCUUACUCUUAUGGUUGGAUUCUCUCUAAUAAAAGAAGCAACUGCAACAUCGUCGACCUCCAUUUACCAAGAUCAGGCAGCACCUACAACAGCAGCUGCACUGGCAUCGCCGAGUCAUACAAGCGCUCGACUCACGGAGUUUGGAGGCUUUCUUGGUGCAGUGCUUCUCGUCUGCAUUUUCUUCGGGAUCUUUAUGGUUCUACUUAGCCUAAAAUUACCUCUGUUUUUUCCUGGCUCGGUACUGCACGACAACAGUUACAUAUAACAAUACUAAAAAUAGAUGUGCUCGUGCUGAUUAUAAUGCUUGUAUUCUUUAUUUUCUACUUAGGCUCACGCUCUUCAGCCGUGUGUAGUCCACUUUUGUCCUAGAAGAUAGAAGACUCUCUGAACCGCUACUAUAGUACUUGCAUAGGAUAGCAAUAGAAGAAGUAGCAAGCCGCUCACACUCGUUCUUUUUUCUCCUCUGGUCAUUCGUGUUCACUUCAUCUGUUCAAAGUCUACCCAUAGAUACGGUGCUUUGUGUCUCGUGAUUACUUAUUUUCAUGUAGCUACAUGGAUGCGGUGCUCCUACGAUGUAUCUGUUUGUCUUUCUGGUUAUGAGGGGGCCGCAUGAAGUGAAUAUCUCGAAUUCAAUAAGCGCACAGCCAAGUGACCAUGAAUGCAAGGUCAUUGCUGACUGUGCGCUUAUUGGGUAUUUCCUGUAAGAGAAGAUCGUCCAGAUCAAGAUUAUUCUUUAGGGUCUUCUCCCACUAGAAGUGGUUUUCACUUGAGUCUUAGAUUCUAAGGUUGACAAGGUGGACAUCAGGAAGGUUUUUAUAAUGUUGCAGAGAUCAUGAUUAUCAUGUAGCGAUACUAGUAGAUUAUCUCACUGUCACUUCGCGUCGUUUGCCGAGUCUUCCAGUAAGUUACAACUGGGCAAAUAUAGCAACGCGUAGGCACCCCGUGAUCCUAUGGUAUCGUAUCCUCUAGGGAUACGUUCUCAGGCAUCCUACCGUAUCCUCUAGCUCUAGAGCUUAUCUUCUGGAAUACAAGAUUGUAUCUUAUCUUAUUCAUACGCUAUAGAUAGUGAUACUUCUCCGGAGUCCGAGCUGUAUCUUGAUACUGUAAUCUAUUGUUGUCGUGCUCGUGAUACUUCUAAAUCCACAUAUAAGGAUGAAUUUGAAUUUUCUUAGCCUUAUGCAUUCUUGUAAUCCAUGUGCUGACGCUUAGUAAAGUCCUCCUUCAUUAACCUGCUGCACCGCGUGAAGACCCAGAGGAGCUGAGCAGCUCUUGUUGGAGAC